AUGAGAUUCUUUGCCGAGUUUGCCGCCUUGGACGAUGUGUGGUCGACUGCCUUCAUAGACGCCCUCGUUCUGCAGGUCGUCGGGCCUACCCCAUCCAGCAUCGAGAGCAGAGUAGACCAUCUCCGUGAGCUUGGGGUGAACUCUCUCUACAAGACUUCCCCUGUGAUCGACGGGAGACAGCUACCUCAAGGCCCCUAUUUCAUACAGAAUGGACAGCUUCACCAGGCGUACAGACUCUACCCUGAUACGGCAGAUGCUUUCGUCGUGGCUACUGUUCCGGACGAUUAUCAGGAUGGAUUCCACCCGCUCGAUGCAGCGGCCUACGGCGAGCAGCAUCCUUCGACGCUGACAAUCGCCGUGCCAUCUCGGCUCUACUCUCUGCCCACGGAAGAGAGGCCGUUCGCUGGAAAGAGAGUGGCGAUCAAAGACAUCAUUCACCUCAAAGGUCUCAAGACCGGUGCAUCCUCACGUGCCUUUACGGACUUUCACCCUCCGAGGAAUCACACGGCGCCAGUCGUUCAGGAUCUCAUAGAUCAGGGAUUCGUCGUCGUCGGGAAGACUAAGACGACGCAGUUUGCCGACUCGGAGUGGCCCACUCGCGACUGGGUCGACUAUCACGGCCCCUUCAACCCGAGAGGGGACGGCUACCUGACCCCCAGCGGAAGCAGUGCUGGCAGUGCUGCCGCUGUCGCGACCUACCCGUGGCUGGACUUUGCGCUUGGAAGCGAUACCCUGGGAAGCAUUCGGGCACCGGCGGCAGCUCAAGCGAUCUUUGGGAUGCGGCCGACCUUGGGAGCGACGAGCACUGAGGGUAUGGUUCCGUACAGCGCAAAUUGGGACACGCUUGGUGGGUUCGCCCGUACAGCAUCCGAGUUUGAGAUACUCGCGAAUGCUCUCUACGGAACAGGAUCCGAUACCAGGGAUAGAAUGCUCAAGUUAUGUUUCCUCUCCCGUGAAGUCGAAUUGCCGAGUUUACGGAGGACUAGACCGACUACGCUGCUGAUUCCCGAAGAUUAUUGGGAGAUAGAGGACGGCGAAAGUGCGCGGGUCUUUGAAGAGUUCAUCGCGCGGUUGGAGGAUUUCCUUCAGGUCAAGCGGACAAGAGUCAACCUCCAGGAGAGCUGGAAGGAGACGCGACCUAAGGGGAUGGACGAGUCGCUGGCGAGCGCGUUCCACUACGUCUUUGACUGGUCUGCCAACCGCGACCAGUGGACGGAUCUUCUGAAGCCGUUUAUCGAUUCGUAUAGAGAGGAGGAGGGGAAACAUCCCGUCCUGAAUCCCCAAGUACGAUUCAAGGUGUCUUACACGCGAACCAUAACGGCUGAGCAGAAGCGUGAGGGGGAAGAGCUGAUCGGCGUAUUCAAAGACUGGUUCUACACUCACAUCAUGCCACCGUCCGAAAACGGCUAUUCGCCCAGUAUCAUGGCCCUUCCCUGGACCGAUGGUCAGGUGACGUACCGAGACGAGUAUGCGGUAGGACCCCAGCAGUUUACUGGGCAAGGGUUCUUCUUUUACAAUAUCGGGCCGUAUGCGCGGUGCCCAGAGCUGAUCAUUCCCGUGGGAUAUACGCCGUACGUGUCCAAGUAUACCGACAGCGAAGAAGGAUUGCCGGCUGCGGUCGGGAUCAUGGCCGCCGAGGGGAGCGACGUCAUGCUUACCCAGUUGGUCGCUGGCCUCUUCGGAAAAGAUGGUUUCGAAGCCAGCGAUAGAAACAGUACAGGCUUGUGGGAUGAGCUCUAG